ACAUAUACAUUGAUCUCUUUGUUACAGACAAUUGUCAAAAGAAAAAGAAAAAGCAUGAAGCUCUUCGGAUGGAUGCAGACCAAGCUUAAUGUGGAUCAAAACAGACCAAGCACUUCCUCUGCUUCUUCUCAUCAUGUGAAGCAAGGGCCUAGGGAGGAGUUUAGCGACUGGCCUCACGCGCUGCUUGCUAUUGGAACAUUCGGUACAACAAGAAACAGUGUGAGUGACAACGAGGGCAAGAACGUUCAUGAAGAGAUUGAAACGGAGAAAAAGUGUACCACACAAGCCGAGCAAGAAGAAGAGCCUUCUUCUUCUGAUGAUCUUGAAGAUUUCACUCCUGAGGAGGUUGGAAAACUGCAGAAGGAGUUGAUGAAGCUCUUGUCAAGAACUAAGAAAAGGAAGUCUGAUGUGAACAGAGAGCUCAUGAAAAAUCUUCCUUUGGAUAGAUUCUUGAACUGUCCAUCGAGUUUAGAAGUCGAUAGGCGAAUCAGCAAUGCGCUUAGCGCUGUAGUAGAUUCAUCAGAGGAGAAGGGGGAAGAUAUGGAGCGAACGAUUAACGUUAUUCUAGGUAGAUGCAAAGAGAUAACAACAGAGAGUAAGAAGAAUAAUAAGAAGAGAGACAUAAGCAAGACCUCUGCCUCAUAUCUUUUCAAAAAAAUCUUUGUCUGCGCAGAAGGGUUUUCUACAUCCCCAAGCCCUAGCUUGAGAGACACGCUUCAAGAAUCAAGAAUGGAGAAAUUAUUGAAGAUGAUGCUACAUAAGAAGAUCAAUUCGCAAGCCUCCUCAAAACCAACGUCGACAACAAAGAGAUGCUUGCGAGACAAGAAACAGCUCUCACUGAAGAGUAGUGAAGAAGAAGAAACUAGCGAAAGAAGAAGAAGUAGUAGCGACGGAUAUAAAUGGGUGAAAACAGACUCGGACUUCAUCGUUCUUGAAAUCUGAUCCAACUUUGGUCAUUUAAGCUCUUGCAAAAAUCUUUUCCAAGCACAGAUUCAAAAUCUUCUCGAGAAAAUUCAAAGAAAUAAUGAAAUGAGUACCCUCUCUCAUUUCUGAGGAAAUUUUUUGGUGCAUCUGCAGAUUAAGCCUUGGUGGUUCAUAAUGUUUAUUAACUUUUUUUUUUUUUUUUGCAUGGUUAGAUCUGUGGGCACUUGGGUCCAUAGAACCAAACAUGUUCUUGAAAAUUGCAUACAUGCGUAUAUAUGUAUAAUUGUAUAUAUGUGAAAUGUCAAAGAGUAUAUACAUACAUACAUGUGUGCGUGUGAUUUGUGUAAUUUUUAAGGUGGAUAACCUCAGCUUAUAAAAAGAUUAUUAUUUCGUUUUUUCAUUUUUCGUUUCAUGAUU